UGCGGUGGCUGGAGGGAGUCAUUCAGUCAGGUAGGAGGUAGGGCAGCAACCGUUGAUAGUAUUUGUGUCCGUAGUGUUUGAUCAGCUCCACCAGCCUAAUGUGGAACAAGUGCGAACCAAUCGGCGCAUCUUUUUGCGGGUUCACCAUCAAAAGCACAUCCAUUACGCAUGAUCACAAAUCGGUGGAUGAAUGAUACCUGUCAGUUUCCGUGGGAAGAAAACGAUUUAAAAUGGACAGCCUAGGCAGCCGCUGUAAAAUUGUUGUGGUUGGAGAUACACAAUGUGGUAAAACCGCACUGUUGCACGUUUUCGCUAAGGACUGCUAUCCAGAGAACUAUGUAGCUACAGUGUUUGAAAACUACACCGCCAGCUUCGAGAUCGACAAGCAGCGGAUCGAGCUGAACAUGUGGGAUACGUCAGGUUCCUCGUACUACGACAAUGUGCGGCCACUGGCAUAUCCCGACUCAGACGCGGUCCUCAUCUGCUUUGAUAUCAGCCGCCCCGAGACUUUGGACAGUGUCAUGAAGAAGUGGCAUGCGGAAACGCAGGAGUUCUGCCCCAAUGCCAAGGUGGUGCUGGUGGGCUGCAAGCUGGACAUGAGGACGGACAUGGGCACCCUGAGAGAGCUGUCCAAGCAGAGGCUCAUCCCAGUCCCACACGAGCAGGGCAGCACGAUAGCCCGGCAGAUGGGCGCGGUGGCGUACGUGGAGUGCACCUCCAAGGUGUCAGAGAACAGCGUGCGUGACGUCUUCCACGUCACUACGCUGGCGUCGGUGCGCCGGCCGCCAGGCAGCAAGCCACAGCUAAAGCGCAGCAGCUCCAGGAGGGGCCUGAAGAGGGCGUCCCACCUCCCUCUCACCCCCCUCCCCGGGCGGGAUGAGGACCUGGAGCCCGUCCCGGCCAUGAGGAAGGACCGGGCCAAGAGCUGUGUGCUCAUGUAGAG